AUGCAAGAGGACGCAUCGUGUAAGGAUCCAGUAUCGAGCGAGAGCGAGCUCGAAACGCACGAGGACACAUCGGAAGAUCCGCCAACAUGUUUCACCAACCUAGAUUGGGAGCCUGCGGAGCUCGACUGGGAAAGCAAGGAGCCAUUGGAGCAACAGAGCUCUGAGGUAAGGAGCCGGGAGAGCUGGUUGGAAAUUCAGCAGAGAUGCUCGGAGCCAGGCUUCAUAGUCUCGCAAAAUGUCAACGGCUGCGACCACGCUACUCUGCUGCGAGUGCUCGCUGCUUUGAUCGAGCCUUUCAAACCAGGAAUUAUCCUCCUGCAAGGCGUUUGUGUCUCCAAUCGGCAUGAGACAAAGUUGCGCAAGCUUAUCAAGCUGAACUGGGGCUACUACAGGAUCUUCAUGGCUCACGGAAAGCCAACCAAGGCCAAUGGGUAUAUCGACUUUCGCCUGGCCACCCUCGUUCACGCAGCGCUCGCACCUGCCCCCGUCAUGCGCUCUCCAACGAUGCUCUUUCCGCAUCGAAUCUUGUCGGUGCGAGUAGGCAAGGCAAUCAUCACGAACGUGCAUCAGUUCCCUACCAGGAAUGCAAUCAGGGAGCGGGAGAAGUUCUUCAGAUCUCUGCUAGAGUUCUCCCUUGCAACAACGCAACUCCAUUUCAUAGGAGGGGACUUCAAUGCGUCCACCUUCAGCACAGACACUGUGGUGCGGAGACGCUUGGUGGAAUCCCCGGCUACAACAAGGUCGGACCCGUCCAUGGCGAAGUUCCUUGCGGAUCUCGGCGCGGAUCGGCGUGUUAUGUGCGAGGAGUCCAGCAUUGAGGACAAUUACUUCUCCGACUCCUUUCGGCCCUGGAAAUGGGGAAUAGAGGCGAAACUCUAUGCUUUCCUUGCUAUCAGCCCUCCGGGCGCUGACGAACACCACAACAUAGUGCUCACGUUCCAAACUUUUCACGCGGGCGUGGCGAGUGCAUAUUUACAACAUCGAGCCAUAGCGGUUCAGGUAGACACACAGUUCUCUGACGCAUUACAAGUGAUUCCAAAGUUGGAUUUGAUUCAUUUCAACUCUCCUGCUACUUCGAGGCGAAGAAACACCAGGGGCAGCGGCAAAGUUCAGAGGACUGCACUUACCUGCAGUAGUGUGCGUGAUCCAAAGGCAUGGGGAGAACAGCAGGUCAAUGUCAUGAUACUCGAUGCAGAAGAUUCAGCAGGACGGCACGCAAAAGAGGGAUGCAGCAACGAAGAACCGAUGGAGCCGCAGCGAGGUAUGAGCGAGCUCAGCCUCGGACGCGAACUCGCUGAGCUCUCCCGGACUACAACGUCAUCCAGGACGGAGCUGGACUCCUCAGAGGCUGAGCUGCAGUUGGAGAUGCGUAGCAAGAUUGAGAGAUUUGAGGCAGCCUGCAUGGAGGAAGAUCAGGAGUUUUUCAAUCGAAUCUGCAAUCAACAACAGGCCAGGCUGGGGGCGGUGGACAACAGAAUAUCAGACGCGACAGAGCGCGAGGAGGACUUGGUUCCAAAGGAGCCCUUCAUGUGCCACGUGGAGUCUAAGCAUCAACCCAACACGAUCCGCUGCUCGGGGCAAGAGCUGCGCAGAGUUGUACAUGAAGUGACGGAAGAGGCAGAGGACGUCUGCCGGUGGAUAGAGGAGAUCCUGUCCCGACCCGGAAAAAUGGCCCUGGGGACCUUUAGGAGCGCAGACCAACAAAUCCUGAUGGGGGUGGAACGAAAUGCUGCGCACGAACACGAGAAAUUCACGCUGAGCUUCCUCCCUGCAGAUCACAUGCUCUCUGCCGUACAAGCGCUGAUCGAGAUGGCGGAGUCAAACUGGGAGGUUGGGGGGUAUCGAGACCUUACCGGGUACCUCCCGAUGGAGCAAGUGGGGGAGAGAGGAGGGGCAGAUCAGACGAUCUCUUUCAUUGCAGUCAGUGCCUCUACGAAGCAAGGGGGGAGCGACGACGGUCAAGAUACAAGCAGCACGCUGACACUGGAGGAACAAGAACAAGAGACGAACUUUUCUUCCUUCUGCGCCAAGUGCCCGUCUGAAGGGUCAAUGGCUGGACAUCAGCCCACAACGACUAGCUUUCUGACUCCUCUUGAGUAA